GCUCGCCUCGCACAUGCAAGACCCCGGGUUCCAUCCUCAGCACCACAUAAAAAUAAAUAAGUGAAAUAAAGGUAUUGCGUCCAACUACAACUAAAAAAAUAAAUAUUAAAAAAGAAAGAAAAUGAGGAAUCACAGAUGGUCACUUCCAAGACACCAGAAGUUCCCAAACUCCUGCUAUGCAACAGAGCACUAGAGCAGCUUAUAGAAAUUCAGGUUCCCAGGCAUGCCUUGGGAUUAUACCACUGCAUUUCUGGGGUGGGCACAGAAAUAUGCAUUUUAACAACCACAUAUGUAAUCCUGGUUAGGGUCCACGCUUUGAAAACAUCCAGCACAAAUUACACAAAAAUAUCCAGAAGGGGGAAGGACAUCCCUGAGACCACAGAAUAUGUGACUGAUUCCAAUAUCCUGCCCUCCAGCCUAUUACAUACCAUUCCUUCCUUAGAAUGUUAGGUAGUGAAAGUGGCAGUUCUUAGAGGGGUGGAGGCCCAGGGACAGCCUUUUAAGAUGUGUUCUAGCCCAAGGGGAGGUGCUUGUGCCAGGCUCCAGAGAAGUGACAUCAGUGAAUUGCUUGAUUAGAUACCACAGAGCUCAGGACAGAAAAAGAGGAAGACCAAGGCACUGCAAACUAAAAAUUCUGUCCAAAUCUAGUCCCCUUUCUCCCCCACUUACUUGAUAUUUGUGAACUCUUUUGGUACCAAUGUCCUUUGUUUAUCAAAAGGGCAAGUGAAACCCCCAACAUCUGAGGACCUUGAGGUCUAACCUGGUCCUUGCUUAGAAAGAGAAUAGUCCAUUCCCCUUGUCUUAUAUUGUAUAGAUUCCCAAACUCAGUUGAAUUCCUAAUAACUGGGGCAAAAAGCAGAACAGGGCUUUCCAACCCCUAUUGAGAUGGGAAUGCUAAAGCACAAGAAGGAAUCAUAGGUAGCUUAAAGCCAUACAGCAAGACCUAGUUCCUCUGAUGGUCUACUCUUAUCUACUGCUGCUGCCCUGAAUUCCUUGUAUUCAGGUCAAACUGAGCAAAUCGUGUGCCCUACAAAGCAUCCUGCAUUCCUCUCAACUGCUUAGAUGCCUAUCUCUGCUCCCAACUCCUAUACUCAAAGCUCCCUCCUCUGGGAAGCCCAACUGCCCUCCUUCUUCGGAGAUCCCCACACCUGACCCUUUCCUAUUGUGAUGGAAACUGCCAUAUGAUGGUAUUUCUAGGCCAUUUUAUCAAUGGAGCCCAUGAAGCUCCUGGGAGACAGACAACACAUCUGACUCACCUCUCUGUGGCUGAAUCCCUUCUGUCCAUCCUCCAGGAUAUAGAACAAGUCCUGCAUGUAGGAGUAUAGUAAAUAGAGUAAGUGACUAGGCAUGGUGGUGGGCCAUUAUAAUCUCAGUGAUUUAAGAGACUAAGGCAGAAGGAUUGCAAGUUUGAGGUCAGCCUCCAUCAAUUUAGCAAGAUCUUCAACAAUCACCACAAAAAAGGGACUGAUAAUGUAACUUAGUGGUAAAGCACUCUUGGGUUCAAUCCCCAAUACAUUCAACACACAGUUUUUGUCACCUAUUUUGGGUUCAGACUGUGAGAUAUAUUUAUUCCUUCAUUGAGCAUAAUUAUUGAACACCUAUUAAAAGUCAUUAACCCAAGCUAGGAAUUUUAUGCCCAGAGAAAAGCAUAAAUACUUCAUAUUUUACAGUGGUAAGUUAAAAUUUUUUACAAUAUGUAUGGUGGCACAUGCCUGUAGUCCCAGUGACUCAGGAGGCUUAGGCAGGAGGAUUACAAGUUCAAGGCCAGCCUCAACAACUUAAUGAAGCUCUCAGCAACUUAGUGAGACCCUGUAUUAAAUUUUUAAAAAAUUACGGACUAUUUUAAAGGUUUGCUGACUCCUUGGGGCCCAUGUAUGAUACCACUGGAAUCCUAGGACCCCAAGUUAAGGACCGUUUGCUUCUGGUUAAGAAGCAUAUGGAGCUGGGCACAUUGUCGCAUGCCUGUAAUCCCAGCAGUUCAGGAGGCUGAGACAGGAGGAUCAUGAGUUCAAAGCCAGCCUCAGUGAUGGAAAGGCACUAAGCAACUCAGUGAGGCCCUGUCUCUAAAUAAAAUACAAAUUAGGGCUGGGGAUGUGGCUCAGUGGCCACAUGCCCCUGAAUUCAAUACCUAGUACCAAAAAUAAAACAAAACAAAAAAUAUGAAACAACUACUAUGCUCAAGCUAAUAAUGUAUUCCGUAAAACUAGGGGAUUCUAUUAUUAUUCCAUCCUUUUACCCAGGCAAAGUAAGUGACUAGGCAUGGUGGUGGGCCAUUAAGGGUCUACUGUGUAUCAUAUUCUGAGUUAGGAAAAAUAAAUAAAAUGAAAACUGAUUCUGAGAACACAAAGAUGAACAAGAAACAGCAUGAGGUCUAUGCCCUUGCAGCUUCAUAGGCUAGCAAGGACUAGAUUUGGGCCCUAUCCUCUCCACUCCUAUCCUGUCUCAGCUCUCAUCCCAUGAGGAUGGGAUGAAGUAUGAAGCACUGACCAAUUUGUAGCUGAUGAAGGCAGGAAGGACUGAGCUGACCACAGGGACCUUACCCCCACCUCUCCAUUAUCCCUCCCUCUCCACCCAUGACUCCCAGGCCUGCUGCCUGAGUGUUUGACUAAAGGGCAGGGAUUGCUGAACCUGCUGGGUGAGUCCAGUGAGUCAGAAGUGAUUGGGGUGGACAGUCAGGCAAAGGGUAAGCCAGUGGCACAGGGACCAUGGCUCUGACUGUGUGUGUGAGGAGACUAACAGGGCUGCCAGGCACCCAUGACCGACAAGUGAAGCUCAGCUUUCGGGGUUUUACCCAGAAAACAAGGAAAAUUCGCUGUGGUCAAGAAGCCGAUGUCGGUGAGCUAUUCCGCUGGCCCCAUUAUGGAGCUCCACUCACUGGGGAAAAUCUGUCGGUGCAGGUAGUCAACUGCAGCCGUGUGUUCAGCUCCAGGCCUCUGGGGACCCUGGUGAUCUCCCUGCAACAGCUACAGAGUGCUGGGCGUUUGGUGCUACGGGAGGCCCUAGUGGAUGAAAACCUGCGAGUGACCCCUAUCCAGGUGGAGCUUGACCUGAAGUAUCAGCCUCCAGAGGGCGCUGCUGGAGCCUGGGCAGAGGAGGACUUUGGGGCACUCAUCAGGGAUAGCUCAGAGUUGAUCAUCCCCAAUGUGGGCUUCCAGGAGCUGGAGCCUGGGGAGGCCCGGCUGGAGCGACGGGCAGUAGCUCUGGGCCGCAGGCUAGCUCGAAGCCUAGGUCCGCAAGAUGAUGAUGAGAAUGAGCUGGAUCUGGAGCUGGAGCUGGACCUGGAGGAUGAGCCUGAUGUGGAGCUUUCUGGGGUCGUAUUCAGCCCCCUCAAGAGUCGAGCCCAGAGCCUGGCCCGUGGGGAUCCUUUCCAAAUGUCCAAAGCCCAGGACUUCCAGGUAGGGGUCACCGUGCUGGAGGCCCAGAAACUAGUGGGAGUAAACAUUAACCCCUAUGUGGCCGUACGAGUUGGGGAGCAGCGCCGUGUGACAGCCACACAGCGUGGGACCAAUUGCCCCUUUUACAAUGAGUACUUCUUGUUCGAAUUUCAUGAGACCCAGCUUCGCCUUCAAGACUUGCUGCUGGAGAUCACGGUUUUCCAUUCGCAGUCCCUUCCCUUUAUGGCCACCCGGAUAGGCACCUUCAGGAUGGACCUGGGCAUCGUCUUCGACCAGCCAGAUGGCCACUUCUAUCAAAAAUGGGCUCCUCUGCAUGACCCCCAGGACACCCGCGCCGGGACCAAGGGCUUCGUUAAGGUCACCUUGUCCGUGAGGGCACGCGGAGACCUGCCUCCUCCACUGCCACUCCUAGGUCCAGGGCACAGUUCGGACAUCGACAAGAACCUGCUCUUGCCGCGUGGGAUACGAGCAGAGAGGCCGUGGGCGCGGCUCCGCGUGCGGGUGUACCGCGCCGAGGGCCUUCCAACACUGCGUCCAGGGCUACUGGGCAGCCUGGCACGCGCCCUGCACGACCAACGCGUCCUCGUGGACCCCUAUGUACGGGUGUCCUUCUUGGGACAGCAGGGCGAGACGUCGGUGCGCAGCGAGGCGGCGGCGCCGGAGUGGAACGAGCAGCUGAACUUUGUGGAGCUGUUCCCACCGCUGACGCGCGGACUUCGCCUGCAGCUGCGGGACGACGCGCCCCUCCUCGAUGCGGCCCUCGCCACGCACGUGCUGGACUUAAAGCAGAUCUCGCACCCCGGCCGCGCGGCCGGGUUUAACCCCACCUUUGGCCCAGCCUGGAUACCCCUCUAUGGCUCACCCCCUAGCAGGGGUGUCCGGGAUGGUCUUCAAAGUCUCAAUGAAGGUGUCGGCCAAGGCGUUUGGUUCCGCGGCCGACUUCUGGUGGCAGUGUCCAUGGAAGUGUUUGAAGGGAGAGCUGAACCUGAACCUCCCCAGACCUUACAGGGGUCCAGGUUGUCCCGACUCACCGGAAAGAAGAAGAAGAAAGCCAGACAGGGUCAGAUCCCAACCAGGGUUCCGCAGCAGGUGGACACCAGCUCCAGUGCAGAAUCUCCUGAGAUUCCCAGUGCUAUGGAGGUGGAAGUGGAGGAGUUGCUGCCUCUGCCGGAGAAUGCCCUGGCGCCCUGUGAAGAUUUCCUGCUUUUUGGCGUGCUCUUUGAAGCCACCAUGAUUGACCCCACUAUGGCCUUGCAGCCCAUCAGCUUCGAGAUUUCCAUUGGUCAUGCAGGCCGCCGAGAGGAGCAAUUGGGCCGAGGGUCCAGGGCUGGGGAGAGAACUGAGGGCAACCUGGGGGAGGCUCAGCCUCUCCUGGAGUCUGAAGAUAUGGGGACCGGUCUGGAAGAGGAGGAGGAGGUGGGAACUCCAGCUCUGAGGCCAGAGCCUGUGGACGGCAGUGGACCAUACCUCUGCUUGCCCCUGCGUCACCAUAAGCCCUGUGUGCAUGUGUGGAGCCGCUGGGAGGAUUACACAUGGCGUCUGCAAAGCAGCAACUGUGUGCACAAAGUGGCUGAGAGGCUGAGCCAAGGGCUGCAGGAAGUUGAGAAGAUGCAGCGUAGAUCAAGACUCAGUGCCUGCACACGGCUCAAGCAGACUCUGGAGGAACUGGUGGCUGGAAGCAGACAGUUUUGCCGCAGUACUGAGCGUAGGACGAUGACCCGGCCCAAUAACCUGGAUCGAUGCCGAGGGAAACUGCUGACGCACAGCCUGAACCUGUUGUCAAAGCAAGGUCUGCGGCUUUUACGUGGUCUGAGACAGGCCAACAUGCAAAAGAAGGUGACAUUGGCCAAGAAACUCCUUGCAAAACUGCGCUUUCUGGCUCAGGAGCCACAGCCGCCCCUCCCUGAUGUGCUGGUCUGGAUGCUCAGUGGGCGCCGCCGUGUGGCCUGUGCCCGGAUCCCUGCCCAGGAUGUGCUGUUCUCUGUGGUGGAGGAGGAGCGAGGCCGGGACUGUGGGAAGAUCCAGAGUCUGCUGCUCACAGCACCAGGGGCAGGCCCUGGGGAGGUCUGUGCCAAGCUGGAGCUCUUCCUGUGGCUGGGGCUGGGCAAGCAAGCCAAGGCCUGCACCUCCGAGCUGCCCCCAGACCUGCUGCCUGAGCCCUCUGUGGGGUUGCCCCACAGCCUGUACCGGGAUGACUUCAGCUACUUCCAGCUCCGUGCUCACCUAUACCAGGCCCGAGGCGUGUUGGCAGCAGAUGACAGUGGCCUCUCUGACCCCUUUGCUAGAGUCCUCAUCUCUACCCAGUGCCAGACCACACGGGUUCUGGAGCAGACGCUGAGCCCCCUGUGGGAUGAACUCUUGGUAUUUGACCAGCUGAUCGUGGACGGGAGGCGGGAGCACUUGCAGGAGGAGCCUCCGUUAGUGGUCGUCAGUGUCUUUGAUCACAAUAAGCUUGGCCCCCCAGUGUUCCUGGGCAGGGCACUGGCUGCCCCCAGGGUAAAGCUGGUGGAGGAGCCAUACCAGCACCCUGAGCUGCAGUUCUUCCCCGUGAGGAAGGGACCCCGGGCAGCUGGAGAGCUCAUUGCCACCUUUGAACUCAUUGAACUGGACUACCAUGGCGGACUUGAGCCCUCAGUGCCCAGUGAUGUGGAGCCCCGGGAUCUGACACCCCUGGUGGAGCCCCUUUCCGGACGCCUGUCCCUGCCACCCAACGUGCGCCCAGUGCUCAGGGAGUUCCGUGUUGAGGUGCUAUUCUGGGGUCUCAGGGGCCUCGGUCGUGUGCACCUGUUUGAGGUGGAGCAGCCCCAGGUCGUGCUGGAAGUGGCUGGGCGACGUGUGGAAUCUGAGGUCCUGGCCAGCUACCGUGAGAACCCCAAUUUCACUGAGCUUGUCACACAUCUGACAGUGGACUUGCCAGAGCAGCCUUACCUGCAGCCCCCUCUCAGCAUCCUGGUGAUUGAGCGCCGGGCCUUUGGCCGCACAGUCCUUGUGGGGUCCCACAUUGUUCCCCACAUGCUGCGGUUCAUACUUCAGGGUCAUGAGGAUCCCUCUGAGGAGGAGGGAGAGGAGGAGGAGGCGGGAGACCUGGUACCCAAGGAACUUCAAGGACAGAAGGCCCUGGAUUCCCUUUUGGCUGAUUCUGGGAGAUCCACACGGCUCCUGAAGGCUCCCCUGAAGAAGCUCCCCCUAGGAGGCCUCCUGAAUCUAGGCCCGGAGCUGGAGGAGGACAUCCCGGAUCCUGAAGAGCUCGACUGGUGGUCCAAGUACUACGCUUCACUGCAGGAGCUCCAGGGGCAGCCCAGUCUUGAUGAGGAUGAAAUGGAUGAGCCUGGGGAUUCCGAUGGGGUCAACCUCAUUUCUGUGGAGGGGGAGGCCAAGGACCAGGGUGAGGCUGAUGUCAAAGGCUCUGUAUCUCAGAAAAGAGCAAUCGCCACCCUAAAGAUCUACACCAGCUCCCUGGAGGAGGAGUUUCACCACUUUGAAGACUGGCUGAAUGUGUUUCCCCUCUACCGAGGGCAAGGGGGCCAGGAUGGAGAUGCAGGGGAAGAAGGGUCUGGACAUCUUGUGGGCAAGUUCAAGGGCUCCUUUCUCAUUUAUCCUGAGUCAGAGGCAGUGCCAUAUGCUGAGCCCCAGAUCUCCCGGGGCAUCCCACAGAAUCGGCCCAUCAAGCUCCUGGUCAGAGUGUAUGUUGUAAAGGCUACCAAUCUGGCUCCUGCAGACCCCAAUGGCAAAGCAGACCCCUAUGUGGUAGUGAGCACUGGCAAGGAGCGGCAAGACACCAAGGAGCGCUACAUCCCCAAGCAGCUCAACCCCAUCUUUGGAGAGGUCCUGGAGCUAAGCAUCUCUCUCCCAGCUGAGCCAGAAUUGACCGUGGCUGUGUUUGAUCAUGACCUCGUGGGUUCUGAUGACCUCAUCGGGGAGACCCACAUUGAUCUGGAGAAUCGAUUCUAUAGCCACCACAGAGCAAACUGUGGGCUGGCUUCCCAGUAUGACGUGGAUGGGUACAAUGCCUGGCGCGAUGCAUUCCGGCCUUCACAGAUCCUAGCAGGGCUGUGCCAACGCUGUGGCCUCCCUGCUCCUGAAUACCGAGCUGGAGCUGUCAAGGUGGGCAGCAAAGUCUUUCUGACACCGCCCGAGACUCUGCCUCCAGGUGGCAGUGGUCCCAAGGUGGCAAGUGAAGCCUCUGAGGAGGCCCAGGCAUUGCUUGUACUACGGCGUUGGCAGGAGAUGCCGGGGCUUGGCAUCCAGCUCGUGCCUGAGCAUGUGGAAACACGGCCCCUCUACCAUCCCCGCAGCCCAGGACUGCUGCAGGGAUCACUUCACAUGUGGAUUGAUAUCUUCCCCAGCGAUGUGCCUGCUCCACCUGCAGUUGAUAUCAAGCCUCGGAAGCCAAUCAGCUAUGAGCUGAGAGUUGUCAUCUGGAAUACAGAAGAUGUGGUUCUGGAUGAUGUGAAUCCACUCACUGGAGAGAUGUCAAGUGACAUCUAUGUGAAAAGCUGGGUGAAGGGGCUGGAGCAUGAUAAACAGGAGACAGAUGUUCACUUCAACUCCCUAACUGGGGAGGGGAACUUCAACUGGCGCUUCGUGUUCCGCUUUGACUACCUGCCCACGGAGAGGGAGGUGAGCGUCCGGCGUCGUCCUGGACCCUUUGCUCUGGAGGAAGCUGAGUUCCGGCAGCCGGCAGUGCUGGUCCUGCAGGUCUGGGACUAUGACCGCAUCUCAGCCAACGACUUCCUAGGAUCGCUGGAGCUGCAACUGCCAGACAUGGUGCGGGGAGCCCGGGACCCUGAGCACUGCUCAGUGCGGUUGGCCCAAGAUGGGGCUGGCCCAAGGUGCAAUCUGUUCCGCUGUCGCCGCCUGCGGGGCUGGUGGCCUGUAGUGAAGCUGCGGGAGGCAGAGGACCUAGAGCGUGAGGAUCGGGAGGCUCAGGCCAGAAAGAAGAGGCGGAAGCAGAAGAGGAGGAAGGGCCGGCCCGAAGACCUGGAGUUCACCGACACGGGCGGCAAUGUCCACAUCCUUACAGGGAAGGUGGAGGCAGAGUUUGAACUGCUGACAGUGGAGGAGGCUGAGAAGAGGCCAGUGGGCAAGGGGAGGAAGGAGCCAGAGCCCUUGGAGAAGCCCAACCGCCCCAAAACCUCCUUCAACUGGUUCGUGAACCCACUGAAGACCUUUGUCUUCUUCAUCCUGCGCCGAUACUGGCGCAUCCUGGUGCUGCUGCUCGUGCUGGCGCUCCUCACCGUCUUCCUUCUUCUGGUCUUCUACACCAUCCCCGGCCAGAUCAGCGAGGUCAUCUUCAGCCCCCUCCACAAACCCUCAGACUAACUGACCUGGGACACUCAUCUCACCGUAGCAGCCCUUUAACUUCCGCUCCGGGAAUCCUUCCUGCCCAUAUGAGCUCUCCCAGGGUUCAGUGCUUUCAAUAAACUUUAUCACAUCCAUGGGCCCUCGA